AUGGAGCUUCCGCCCGAUGCCCGGCGGGGCAAGAGCCGCGCGGCGGCCGUGAGCCCCUUGGUGCUGCACGAAAUCGUCGCCGUGCGACGCGCGCAUCCCGAGCUCGCGAACGAGCACAUCGCGACGGCCGUCAACGCGCAGUACGGCACGCGCCUCGGCAGCAGCGACAUCGAUCGACUCUACCGAAAGGCCACCGUCGAAAGCAGCGUAGGGAAGAACAAGUUCGUUCGUUAUAAGAACGCGCAGCUGGAGGCGGAGUUGGCGCGCUGGACGCGCGAGAGGCGGCUUCAGCGGUUCGGCGUACCUCCGCUGUUCGAGUUCGAGCGCUGGUGGUGCUGCGCCGUGCUGCGCGACGCGGGCCUCGAUGAGUUCGGCAACGACGUGGGGACGCGCGCGGGGGACGAGUGGGGGACGCAGGACGACGGAGUCGCACGCGAUAUCGGCGAGGCGCCAGACUCCAGUAGUGCUGGCGAAGGCUUAGGCGCCGCGGGCGAGCUGAGUGCGGGCAAAAGCGGCGGGGGCGAUGAGGGCGGAGAGGUCGACGAGGCGCAGGUACCUGCGGGCGCACCGUCGUGGGCGCGGGGCAGCGCCGCGGCCGUGCGCUCCAGCGCGCCCAACGGCGGGUCGGGAGCGGCGGUGAGCGCGCUGGCCGCGCGCGUGCGGUACGAGGUGGCGAUGGUGGCGUGCGUGCGGCCGUUCGUGAGCCCCAAGAUGGUGACGGCCGCCGUGCACGCGCGCUACGGGCUGUGGCUCAUCCCCAAGCACGUCCGCCACAUCGCCCAGGACAGCCGCCGCUGGGUGCGCGCGGGGGAGAGCGCGCCGGGCGCGGCGGACGCGGGGGAGAGCGCGCUGGAGGAGGCAGUGGCGCUGUGGGUGGUGGCGGAGGAGGAGGGCGCGGGGCGCGCUGUGAGGCGCGCGCAGCUGGUGGGCAAGGCGAGGGAGCUGGCACGGGGGUGCGGCGUGGAGGAGGGGCGGUGCACUGACGCAUGGGCGAGCAGGUUCGGGCACGGGGUGGGAGAGGGAGAGGCGGAUGGGGCUGCUGGCGGGGGUGGAGAACCGGUACCGCCAUGCGCGCGCUCUGCUCAUGCGCCUGGCACGGCAGGAGGGCGCCAUGCUGCCCGCCCACGUGCUGGAGGAGGCCGUUCUGGACGCCCACCUGCUGCCACCGCCACCGCCACCAGCGCCAGCAGCGCCGACAGUGGGGGGGCUGUGGGCGCUGCUGCACCACAGGGAGGGGCGGGGGAGAGGCAAGGGGGGGCAGAGUUGGGGCGGACGGGGGAUGCUGGCGGUGGGGGAGGGGAGGGCGGAGCGAUCGAGCCAAGGCAGCCCAGCCCCCAAGCUCCUUGCAGUGCCGGGCAGCCCCCCUCGCAUGAUGCUUGGCGCUCCGUGCGCCCCCUGCCCACCAUGAGUAGCCCCGAGCUGCAGGCGCUGCAGGCGCAGGUGAGCAACGAGAGCGUGGUGCUGCCGCACUUCCCCUUCCACCGCCUGCCCCCCUCGCCGGACAGCGCUGGCGGGGGAGGAGAGGCAGGUGGAGGGGGGAGAACACGAGGAGGAGAGGCAGGUGGAGGGGGGAGAACACGAGGAGGAGCACGCGGAGGCGAGGGAGGAGGUGUGUGCAGGAGAGAGGAGGUGAGAGAGGAGGCUAAAGGCCGUGGCGAAGGCGGGCCUGCACAGGAGGAGCAGGCGGAGCAGGAGGAGGAGGAGGCGGAGCAGGGAGAGGAGGAGGGCAGGCAGGUGUUCCUGGUGUGUGGGGAUGCGGCGGCAGGUGUGGUGGUGGAGCGGCAGCUGCCAGGCCUCACGCUGAGUCGCAUCAGAGCCAUCUGCCUCGCCGCCCUCGCCCGCCCCCACCUGCCCCACGCUCACCUGCUGCACGCCAUCACCCACGCGUGGGGGCUGAAGCUCUCCCAUGCUGACCUGCGCGCCAUCCUCGCCCAGACCUCCAGGUGGAUGGUGCUGCCGGGGGGCGUCACGAGGGCCAGGGUGGAGAGGCGGGUGAGGGAGUGCGUGUGGAAGGAGGAUUGGCAGAGGGCGGGGCGAGUGGAGGUGGUGCUGCUGCAGUGGGUGCAGCAGCUCAACGCCACCAUCCUCCUCGACCGCGCCCGCUUCUCCUUCCCGCCUGGCUUCCACUGGGGCUCGCCUGCUGCUGCUGCUGCUGCUGCUGCUGAACCCGCCACUGCUGCCAGUGCUGAUGCUGGCGGUACUGCUGCUGCCGCCGCUGCUCAGAGCGGUGGUGAUGAUUGUGACACCACUGCUGCUGCUGCUGCUGAGCGGGGUGCUGAGUCACAGUGUGAAGCUGCUGCUGCUGCGGGCGGGGUGAUGGAGGAGCACAUGAGGCGCCUCUUCGGCCCACUGGACCCGGGAGGGGGGCCAUCCACCACCACCGCCAAUCCCAAUCCCAGUGGGACCGUGAGCGCACGCGCGGGCGGGGGCCUGCUGGGGAGGCACGGGGUGCCGUUCAUUCUGACGCGCCCCAUGCUGCGCCAGGCAGCGCGCCGCAUCGCCCCACUGCUGUACCGCAGCGGCAGGGGCUGCCCUCGCUUCGAGAUCUACUGGUGCCGUCGCUUCCUGCGCCGCCUCGAGGCUGUGCGCUCGCUGGCCCGCCUGAAGCUCACUGCCGCCCUCCAGGGGGAUGAAACGCGUGAAGCAGAUGAAACGCGUGGAGCAGAUGAAACGCGUGGAGCAGAUGAAACGCGUGGAGCAGAUGAAACGCGUGGAGCAGAUGAAACGCGUGGAGCAGAUGAAACGCGUGGAGCAGAUGAAACGCGUGGAGCAGAUGGUUCAGAGUUUGGAGAUAGAGGGGAAGUGAGAGAAGAAGUGGCAGGAGAAACAAGAGAGGUGGAAAUUGAUAGAAGGAGGCGACACACGAGCGGACAUGAGCGAAAUGGGGAAGAGGGAGGGUGGGGGAGAGAGGAUCAAAUGGGUGACGAGUUGCUGUGUGCUAAGGAAGCGGUGAAGGCACCAGUGGCUGUGGGGGCAGCGGCAGGCGUGCCAGCAGCAGCAGUGGUGGUGGCGGCGGUGCGGAGGGCGCUGUGUGAGUGGGUGGCGGAGGGGGUGGUGGAGCGGCGAGCGGACGAGGAGGAGGCGCGGGAGCAGGCGGUGGUGGUGGGCGCGGUGCAGGCGACGUGGGGCGUGGCGGUGGGCGAGGAGCUGCUGGCUCUGCUGUGGCAGCAGCGCUCCCAGCUGCUGGGCGCAGGGUGGGAGGCGCGGAUCAGAGCACGGUUAGCAGGGGGGGUGCAGCAGCAGAGGGAGUGUGGGGAGGGGAGGGCGGAGGCGGAUGGGGAGAAGGAGGAGAUGGAGGUUGGGGAUGAUGGCAAGGAGAAGGGGCAGGUGGGGCAGGAGAAGGGGCAGGUGGGGCAGGAGAAGGGGCAGGUGGGGCAGGAGAAGGGGCAGGUGGGGCAGGAGAAGGGGCAGGUGGGGCAGGAGAAGGGGCAGGUGGGGAAGGAGAAGGGUGUCCGUGGUGACCCCAGCGCGGUGCUGCUGCAGUGGGUGGCGUGGUGGGACGUGCGUGCGCUGCUGCUGGCACUGGAUGGGCCGCAGUGGCACGGCAGGCUGCUGGCACGCGUGGCAUGCCAGGUGCAGGGGGGUGCAUGCAGGUGCGGGCAGGGCCAGUGCAGGGUCCAUGCAGUGGCGCAAGGUGCGUGUGGUGGGGGGAACGGGAAGAGGGGCCGUGAAGAGGUGGGAACGUGGGUGCGAUCCGUGCGGCGUGGAUGCCAGGAUUUAGAUCGCAGUGGGAUUGCUGAUGCUCAUGGUGGUGAUGCUGGUGGUGGUGAUGGUGACGAUGGUGGUAAUGACGAUAGUGACGAUGAUGGUGGUGCUGGCGUGGCAUCAGUGCCACACAGGGAGAGGCAAGUGGGUGCAGGAGGCGGCCCUGUAGGGCGGCAGUGGAGCGCAGCGGCUGCCUGGCAGGCAGGGGCGACUGCUGCCCGCCCCACCCCUCCCACGGGAGGUGCAGCACCGACAGCAGUGGGAGCACCAGCGGUGGUGGGGGUGGGGGCGUGGGCAGUGCCGCAUGGCCAGACCACAGCAAUGGGUGCAUGGGCUGGUGCACAGGCAGCAGCAGUGGGAGCAGCAAUGGCGGUGGCGGUGGGGGUGGGAUCAGUGCCACACGGGCAGAGCACAGCAAUGGGUGCAGGCACAUGGCAGCAGGCGCACAGCACACAAACUGCAGUAGCAAUGCCCGCACGCUCACACGCACCAUCAGCAGCUUGCCCCGUGCCUGCUUCUCUGCGGGUGCGCCCCUCUCCUCUGCAAGUGCCCAGCUCGUUUGAGCCCAGCUCCCAUCCCCUUGGUGCACCCCAAACACGUCGUCUCCACCACCCCUGUGCGUCCCAGCAGCAUCAUUCCCCCUCUCAAUCUUCCCACUCUCAACAUCCCCCCUCCCACACUCCCCCCUUUGCACGUGUUGUGGGGCCGGGAACAGGAAGGAGGGAGGGGCGGAAACAGAAGUUGCAGCGAUUAAAUCGGGCAGCUGGGAAGGUUCUGAAGGAUGGGCGGGCAGGGAAAGGGGCAGCAAAAGGAUCAGCCUUUCAGAAUGCAUGGAAGAUGCUGAUGAUGCGAGGGGGUGAGGAGGGCGAGGAGGGCGAGGAGGCAGAGGAGGGUGAGGAGGGAGAGGAGCAAGAGGUGGAGAGGAGACUAGACUGGGGGAAGUAA